AUGGAAAGACUUCAACGACUUUUCGGAGCUGCAGCAGCUGGGCACCAGCCCGGUAUGGAUACUCCAACUGUGGAUAACGCAGAAAUGGUUUAUAUUUCUUCUUUAGCUUUGCUUAAGAUGUUAAAACACGGACGUGCCGGAGUACCUAUGGAAGUUAUGGGUUUGAUGCUCGGUGAAUUCGUGGAUGAUUAUACUGUACGAGUAAUUGAUGUAUUUGCUAUGCCUCAAAGUGGUACGGGCGUUUCCGUAGAAGCGGUUGAUCCCGUUUUCCAAACAAAAAUGUUGGAUAUGUUGAAGCAAACUGGACGACCCGAAAUGGUGGUUGGCUGGUAUCACUCUCACCCUGGAUUUGGAUGUUGGAUGUCUAGUUCUGUCAAAGGCAAA